ACCUCAGUUGUGGAAGCCGAAGACGGGAAUUUGUGCCACCAGCGUUCGGAACGGAACAGCCGGGUGAGACGCUGUUUCGCCGGUUGUUGUUAUCACCUUCGUCCACGGUAACGUCGUGAUGAGAUGUGAGGAACCCGGCGAGGCUCUGACGGCGCCAUUAAACCAGUUCAGCCGACUGUGGACUUGCCAGCUGCAAAGACUUCACUGACUUCAGAUAGGAAAAAAAACACAACCCUGCGAUGUUUUUCCGUCUCCCAGUGUCCUGAUAACUGCAGAUUUCAACCCACAGCAAGAGCACUUCACUGAGCUGCCGUCGGGAGAGAGGGAUAUACAGGCUUCUAAAUCCAGUUCACCAAACAGACAUAAUGUCUUCCCGGGAGCGUCGGUCUGAUGUCUACAUAAAGGCAGAGCCAAGCAGUCCAGAGGGAGGUGGGGGAGGUCGAACCAGCCCUGGCGGGGCCUCCUCCGACUCCUCUCAAAGCGGAGGAGGAGGAACCAGAGGAGAUGGCGCUAAACGUUACUCCCCGCCACUUUACACACCAGCUCUGCGUUGUCACUUCAAGGACGAGGGUGGUGAUGGGGCAGAGGAGGGCUCCACUGGAAAUGGAGCAGGGCGAUGCAAGUAUGCCCUGAGCACGCUGCCCAAGAGGCUAUGCUUAGUAUGUGGGGAUGUGGCCUCAGGUUACCAUUACGGCGUGGCGUCAUGCGAGGCAUGCAAAGCCUUCUUCAAGAGAACCAUCCAAGGUAACAUUGAAUACAGUUGUCCAGCAUCAAAUGAGUGUGAGAUCACCAAAAGACGCAGAAAGGCUUGCCAGGCAUGCCGCUUUACCAAGUGCCUCAAAGUAGGCAUGCUGAAAGAGGGAGUUCGUCUUGACAGGGUCAGAGGUGGAAGGCAGAAGUACAAAAGGCGCCCAGAGGUGGAGAAUGCAACAUACCAGAGUGCCCCUCUACCCCUCACAAAGGAGAGUGAAAAAGGCUCCUCCAACAUCAUUGUGUCCCACCUUCUAGUAGCAGAGCCAGAAAAGUUAUUUGCCAUGCCCGACCCUCUGCAGCCUGACACAGCCCAGCGUACGCUCACCACUCUUUGUGACCUUGCUGACCGUGAGCUGGUUGUGAUCAUUGGCUGGGCCAAACACAUUCCCGGCUUCCUCUCACUGUCUCUCGCAGACCAGAUGUCAGUGCUGCAGUCAGUGUGGCUGGAAGUGCUAGUGCUGGGUGUAGCGUACCGCUCGCUCGGCUGUGAGGACGAGGUGGUGUUCGCUGAGGAUUUUGUCCUUGAUGAGGAGAUGUCACGUGUUGCUGGACUGACAGAGCUUAAUGCAGCAAUUAGUCAACUUGCUCGCCGUUUCCGUGCGCUAAACGUAGACCGGGAGGAAUUUGUCAUGCUAAAAGCCAUCGCACUUACUAACUCAGACUCUGUUUACAUCGAGGACAUGGAGGCCGUGCAGAAGCUGCGGGACCUUCUCCACCAGGCCCUGCUGGAGCUGGAAUGUCAGCGGCGCCCAGACGACCCCCAGCGGGCGGGACGUCUCCUUUUAACAUUGCCUCUACUCCGACAGACUGCUGGUCGUGCUCUUACCACCUUUUACAGCAUCAAGACCCGUGGUGGUGUACCAAUGCACAAACUAUUCCUGGAGAUGCUGGAAGCCAUGAUGGACUCUCCCUAGAGCAGAAAGCAGCAGAAGUAAAGAGGAUGCAGAGAAAGACCCAACAGAAAUCUAGUCUUCAAGAGUGAAGAAGCGGUUUAUGAAAAAGGAGAGUUUUUAUUUGAGAAUUAAAAAGAGGAAAUGGUCCUUUUCUCCUGUAGAGUUCAUGAAGGAGGAAGAAAAAUAAUAUGAGAAAAGAGAAAAACUAUUUUCUUCAUGUUUCUAAGAGGGAAUUGGCUACUUGCAGUAAGAUGUGACUGCCAAACUUCAGCGAAAGGCUCCAAGAGUGAAAAUAUUUAACAUAAAUGCCAGGAUACUUCUUAGUUUUAACUAUUUCAUGGCAUGUUUCAUCACAGGAACCAUCUGCAGUUACAUAACCACAGAGGAACAACAUUUAGGUACCCAAGAACAGACUGAAAUCAUGUGGCUUUUGAACUUUUUAAAAUAAUGCUACAUCUGCUCAUGAAAGCCAUAAUAACAUAUCCAGUGAAAGCUUGAGGGUCCAGUAUGGGGUCAGAUUGAAAUGCACAUGAAGUGCUUGUAUUUACUAUAGUUUAGUGUGCCGCUGUGGGCAAAUCAUAGGAAUUACUUGCAAUAUGUUAAAAGCAAUAUAUUGACUCGAUUAUUGUCUGUCACAUUCAAAAUGUGAAUGAAAUGGUGAGACAUCUAUUUGUAUGUGUAUAUCAGUAGUUCUCCACUCUUAGGACCCCAAGUGCUGAUUUUUUUUAAAAAAAAAUCUAGCUUCUAGUAGAAACUGGUUUGGUUAGGAGUAGAUUUAAAAAAAAAAAAAAAAAAACCUCUAAAGAGAAAAAAUGCAGCACUUGGUGGGUGAAUGGUGGAGUUGGGAGCCACUGGUGUAAGUGCAGGAUUCUUUAUAAAAAGGUUGUGCAAUUGAUUCGGAGUCCUGGAGAAGUGCAUUGGAAGAUCGUGUGCUCGUAAAAUGCUCUACUUGGAAGGUAAUGUGUAAAGUGUUGUAUGUAAGUCCUAUUGGCACACAAGUAACCGGCUUCCAUACAAGCAAGCGUGUGUGUUUGUUCGUGUGCAGUCAAAACCUAUGAGCUACACUGAGAUCAGGGAAGACCACAGCUCUUUGACAUUAAAGCUAGUGUGGCAACAACAGUGAUUAGAAAAGAAAUGCAAAUGCCUCAUCUGCUUUUUUUUAUACUCCCCUCCUCCACUAGAACCACAGCAGCUGUGUGUUCAAAAAAAAAUACUCUGUCCUGUUUCAUUUGUGGGCUAUAAUGUGUAACACUAACCUAGAUGACUGAUAUGUGUAUGGUGAGAUUUUUGCUGCAUUUUUCUGCAGCGCUAAAGAGCGUUGCAUAAAAGAUCUCAAAUGUUUCAGCGUGAGAUCCUUCCUUUGUGGACGCACAUCUGUUGAACUCUUAACUUGUAAGUGCCCAGAAUGGGUUCAGGGCAACAAGAAAUGCAACAUAUGCAACAUCUUCCUUUUGGAUGUUGAAACCUUGUCUGACAACAUCCUGAAAGUCCGACUCAUUGUUCAGAAGGUUUGUAUACUUCAGUAUAAAUGAUCAUUAUAGUAAGCUUCACAUGCAAUGCAAAACUACCGUAUCUGAUGUCAAAAUCAGAUCUCUAAAAAUAAUGUUGAUUGGCCAAGAAGCCAUCAGUCUUUUAGCCAUGUACAGUUCCAUUUAAAUAAACAGAAACAUGCAAUUUAUAGUGGAUGAUAAUAAAGCCAGCAAAUGUGAUACAAAUUCCCCAUUACAGUGACAUUUGUGCAGCUUACAUUGUACUGAAAUUUGUAAAGACUUGAAACUUGCUUUUUCAUAGUUUCCUUUCUAGGAUUUAAGGGUAUUUACAUUGUGACACACUGUUGUGGGUUUGGUAUUGAAAAAAGCUUUCCAUUCAGGAUGUGAUGAAUGCUAAUCGUUUUUUAAUGUGUUUUCUGAGGUUGAUUGUUCUUUUAGGGAUCAAUUUACAUGGCUCUAUAGAUCCGGUGGCAUGGUGAGGCUACAGAAGGCUACCUCAGGAGGCAGAGUAAGCCAGAUGGCCAAAUAACUGUGGAGACAAAUGUAACUUGUGGUCUUUUGAUUUAUCAGCUUAAAUUUGGAUAUUAGGUAUACUGAAUGUCUUGCAGUUGUGCAAACACCUGAGUUCAUUUUGUUCUGUUUUCAUAACUUUGAGGUGUAUAUGGUCAUUAAUCCUGCUUUUUAAGAUGGUACAAAGUGUCUCGUACAGUCGGUACGGUCAAACUGAAUACAGUCCAGCUGGCCACACACAGGUGCUACAUUAGCAACAGCUAGCACUGUGGAGCAGUGACUGAUACCUGGCUAAAUGUGACUGAUUCACCUGUUUGGUCUUGUUCUUGUAAGUUACAGCUUACAUAAUGUCUGUCAUCUACAACAUGUUUUGGUCUCCGAUUUGUUUUCUAACCAAAUAGUUACCACAAUACUGAAGCAGACAAAUAAAUAUAGAUGCCAGGGUCAAAGUUUCUUCUAUUAACUUGGUCAUAUAUGCAAGGCUAGAUUUUUCAUUAGCAUAUGAAUAUGUUUUAGGUACAGUGGGUUAGGGUGGCGUGAGGGGCAUCUGGAGUGUCAAUCUUUAAAUUAUACAGUCAUUUGUAGGUUCUAUAACAACACAUAUACAAGCAUUAAUAUAAAUGAGCAAUACAAUAAAUUACCAAACCUCACACAUUUCCUUGUAUAGCCACAGUGUACAUUUAACAUUGCCAGUUAUAAUGAAGAAUAGCUACUAAACGUUAUAUUAUUUAGAAGUUCAAAUCAAUGUUUGUAUUUUGAAAGACUAUUUAAAUGAUUAAAUUCUAUUUUUUACUCAAUUUACUGUUGUUUGUUGACACUGCUUUAUUUUUGUGUGUGAUAUUGGCUGUGAAUUUCUGUGUGUAGGCUUUUUUUUUUUUUCUCAUUUAGAUAAAAGUUUGAUGUCCUUGUCUAAACAUGUCCACAUAAAAAUCACUGUGAAAAAAGUGAGAUCUUCCACUGUCUGACACCAACAGGGAGUGGAUUAUUGUAGGUGCUUUGUGUUGUGUAAUAAAUGGACACACCACCGCCACAUA